GAUCAAAAUGUUAGUCUUAUCAACUUUGCUAUAUAAAGAUGCAGAUACAGUAGAAGAAAAGGCUUUUUCAUUUCCAUUUCCAUUUCCAUUCCAACUUCAAAGAAGAUGAAAAGACCACGAAAAUCAAAGAAAAGGGUUUCCACGAAGGAACAAUGGAUUAUGGAAAAAUUUCAAGGACAAAAAGAUUGGUGGGAAAAUGAAGAUCAAAGAGAACAAAAAUGGGUCGCUCAUUAUUGUAGUGAUCAUCAAAUAUUGUUGGUGGGUGAUGGUGAUUUCUCAUUUUCCCUUUCCCUUGCAAAAGGGUUUGGUUCUGCUUCAAACAUUGUUGCCUCAUCGUUUGACACCUACGACGAGGUUACCAAGAAGUACAAGAAUGCAAAGUCAAAUUUAGUAGAACUGCAGAAGCUGGGAGCAUGCCUGUUACAUGGAGUGGAUGCAACAGCUAUGAAAUUUUAUCCAGAUUUAAAAAUGCGGAGGUUUGACCGCAUUAUAUUCAACUUUCCUCAUGCAGGUUUCCAUAGGAAGGAAGAUAACUUAUUAAUGAUCAAGAUGCAUAUGGAUCUUGUGUUUGGUUUCUUCAAGAAUGCAAGUCACAUGCUUCGAGCCAAUGGUGAGAUUCAUGUCAAUCACAAAACUACACCUCCGUUUGAUAAAUGGAACUUAGAGAAGCUCGCAGAGCAAAGCUUUAUGACAAUGAUUGAGUGUGUUGAUUUCAAGAAGGAAGAUUAUCCAGGUUAUAACAACAAACGAGGAGAUAGCUAUCGAUGCGAUGACCCCUUUCCUCUCGGAAAGUGCAGCACGUUCAAGUUUAUAAACAAUCCUAAAAGUUUGAAAAACCACUUGAGGAGAAACCAUAUGGAGGUUUCUAGACAACCGAUGACAAAUCUUCCAUUUCAAGAGACUCAUUACAUUGAGAGGUUUCCAGCUCCUGCUGAUCUCAAUUAUCAUCCUCAAACAAUUCUUCCAUUUCGAGAGAUUCCAAAGAUCGAACAGGUUCCAACACCAGUUGAACUCAAUUAUCAUCCUCGUGCAAGGCCGCCAUUUCAAAAUAUUCAGAACACGGAGCAAUUUCCAGCUCCAGUUGGUCUCAAUUAUCAGCCUCGAACAAGACUUCGAGAGAUUCAGAACAUGGAGCAGUUUCCAGCUCCAGUUGAUCACAAUUAUCAGCCUCGAACAAGACUUCAAGAGAUUCAGAACAUGGAGCAGUUUCCAGCUCCAGUUGAUCGCAAUUAUCAUCCUCGGACAAGACUUCCACUUCGAGUGAUUGAGAACAUGGAGCAAUUUCCAGAUCAAGUUGAUCUCAAUUAUCGUCUGCAGACAAGUGUCUUUCCAAAAACAAAUCAACUCGAUUACUAUCCUCAGACAAGUCGCUUUCUAAAAAUGAAUGAACCAUUUAGAUCAGAGUUUGACUUGAGAAAUAGAUACAAUUCAAUCUCAAGGGACUACAUCAACCAUGAAACAGAAAUACACGGAAGAGUUGCUUCUUCUGCCGACUGUUACCAUUAUGUGCGUAAUAUGACAUUUGAAGAUUGGUACAACCAAUGGAGUCAUUGCAAUCCUUGCAACCGUGAGCAACACCAACUAAUUGCAGAUAUUCUCUGACAGAACCUAACAAUGGAUAUCGCUCCUCUGAUAUCAAUUGGUGCUAAGAAUGAAGGCGGCCAAUACAAACCUGUUGAAGGAAGCUCCAGAUAUUUGCAGGAAGAACUUUAUAGAAAUGUUGAGAGGCUAAGUCAUUGUUUUGAUGUGGUAUAAUGCUGAAGUGCCUGGAAAGUUUUUAAUAGAGAAAUUUAUGUUAUGCAGUAAGUAUGUUAUGAAUGGAAUAACUAGCUAACACUUUUGACAUACAAUAUCUAGGCAUGGGAUGUGAAGCUGAUGAUUUUGUUAUCAACAUUUAGCAUAUGUUCUUCUUUUGCAGCAUGCUAUUAUGCUAUAAGAAAAUAUGUAUUUUUGUUAAAUGAUCUAAUAGAAUUGAUCAAGUACUAGACAAAUUCAACCUUUAUCUCUCAUGUCUCAUUAUUUGUUGAAUACACACUUGUCAAAGUAACACCUCACAUUUUAUCAAGUAUUUUAUUAAUUUAACAUAGCAUUAUUUA